CUAGCAGCUGAGCUCGACAGAUGGGGAUAUGACAGAGUAAUAACGACUUAUUACAUGUGCACGAUUCAGUUAUUACAAACGUAAAGUGUCUGAUGACAUUUCUGCUGAACCCUGACACCAAUCUAUUCGUCUGGGGUCUGAGAUGGAGAACGGAAACAGGACUGAUGCUGCUUCCACAUCCAAGAGCCACGCAGGCUCACUCCACCUGCAGACUCCAAAAAAUGAGGAUGCUUAUGAAAUUGCCAUCCCCUAUGAGGAGAGCAACUUUGAGCAGCAAGGAUUUUUCAGCCAGAAUGAUCAGAAUUUUGAUGAUUCGCCCCCAUCUGCCGGUCCGUCUCCAGUCAACAACUCAUACAUGGUUAUCACCAACCUGCGCACCCAGCUGCAGAUUUCUCUGGAGAAAAACUCUUGGCUUCAGAAAAGAAUUGAGGACCUGGAAGAGGAGAGAGACUUUCUCCGGUGCCAGCUGGACCGCUUCAUCUUUUCCACAAAGAGCCAGGGACAGGAACACAGCCAGAGCCAGUACAGUAACGGUUAUGAAUCCAGGCGAUUCAACUGGAGGGUAAGACGAGAGGAGGAUCGUCCUGCUGGUAAAGAGCAACAGAAGUCGGCUGCAGAGCAUUUCCCCUCACGUCAGUUCAUCCAACGAAGGCCUGGUGCUCCAACUAUGGUGCCUUCCAAAAACCACGUCUCCAAUCCACUAACCAAUCAGCUUGCCUCUAUGAAUGCUUUGUUCAGCUCUACACAAUCACAGGCCCUCUUGCAAAGCCAUAGCCACAGCACUACCAGUACGACAGCCGGUGGCAGCAGUGGCAACAGCAACAGUGGGACGAGGUCAUCCAUGAAUGAAAUGAGCGGACAUGGCAACGUAGGUCCAGAUUCGCUUUCACUUCUGGGGGAAUCUGAGGAGUACUUGGACCAAGAAGGGUACCUUGAGGAGGAAGAAAUGAUAUCAGGGGAAGAUGUAAUGCCAGAUAGCCUUAACAGCAACAGACACCAGUUAAAGAGAAGGCGAGUCUUCCGAGCUCCUAGAGAGCGACAGAGAGUGAAAGAUGCUGCAGGAGUGCUGUUUCGCUACAAGAAAAUCCUGCUUACAUACCAGCGUCUGAAAAAUAUGUCCAAAGCCUUCCAAAUCCAUGGUGUGGACCGCAACACGGUGGCUUCUACUACACCCAUAGCUGAGCUCUUAUUAGUGGCCCCAGAGAAGGUGGCAGAGGUGGGCGAGUUUGACCCGUCCAAGGAGAAGCUGCUGGAUUACGCCCGGCGCUGCUAUACUGCCCUGGAUGAGGAGACACUCAGCAGAGUGCAGGCCUUGAAGAAGAAUAACCUGCUCUUGCCCAUCUCCUACAGGUUCAGACACUGAGAUAGAAAAAGGAAUGGGAAAAACCACAAAACUUUGGAGCUGGUGGUUGAGAGGAGAGGAGAGGCCGUUUGGUUCUGCUGCAGCAGACCAGCUCACCUCGCAGGCACAGAGAUGUCCAGAGGGAUGAAGCAUUUUACUAACUCAGCAUCCUGGAUGUGACCAUUUAGGCUUCAGCUGAGAUCUUUGCUUGUCAGACAAUUAAAGUUCUCAUGUCACUUUCAUUAUCAAUACAGAGCAUUGGAGCAAAUUGAUAUUGAGCAUGUGGAAGUGUCUGUUGCAGCUGAAAAGGGAAACUACAUGGCUUUUAUCUCUCAAAGAGCGAAAUGGCAUUUCCGACUCAUUCAGAAUUUGUGAACGAGAAUGUGUCUGCUAUUAGGUUUAUCGAGGAGAUUGCUUUUAAACGAGUGUAGCCAAUGUAGCUCAUACAUGUUUUGGAGUUUAAGUUCAGAGACACUCCAAAUCAGUUUGAAGCCAUAAACCAACUUUCUAGACCAUUUCAGUUGUUGGCUCCGUUAAUGAUUUAUAAUCAUGGGAAUUUUUAUCAGUUUAUUUGUGUGCAAUUUGACCUUAAAAUAUGGCAAUCACAAUCUUUGUGUGUUAACGUGAUGCUUCCCUCCUUAGAUUUUGCCAUGCUUUAGGAAUUAUCAGUGAUUUCUUUUUAUAUUUAUAUUGCUAAAUGGGUCUGUUGUUUUUGGCAUUGCCAUAAUAUCAAUCAUUUACACUUGCCUUAAGACAUUUCUUCUGAUAUUUGUCAUUUUCCUUUCUUCUUCUACAGACUUAAAGGAAGGAAGAACUCAUUGAGACAGAUAGAUAGGAGGAGAUCAUGAAGUGAUUAUAGUAAACACUAGUUUAAACAUAUUAUUUGGUUAUAAUGCAUUAUAGUAACAUGAGCAACAUGUUUUGUUUUUUUAAUAAAAAACAGACAGAAAUGUUUGUGAUAUUGUAUGUUUGCCUCAUAAUAAUAAGGCAGUCUGUUGGUCCCAGUUUUAAAAAUAGUACUGCAGCAUUACUCAUAUCAAUCCUUUUUGUAAUUAUCUGCACUAAAAAUACACAAAAGAUAACUUCUUAUACUUCUGAUAAUGAGGCUCUUAAGAUGCUUUUGUGACAGUGAUACCUUUUGUAAAAUAUGGUACAGAGCAUUUACACUAAUUAUUACUAAAAUUACUAUUUGUAACAUUGUGUAACUUUUGCUUCUUUGUAAAACAAAUGUGGACAUUAAUCAUACAAACUUUAUUACAGUGUGACUUACAGCAUCACUAAACACUGCUAGCUUUGUGCACACAGAUGAUGUGUUAUUGCUUCCCAGUGUGUCUCUGCAGAUGCAUGGGAUAAGAGCUCUUUGACGAAGCUGUAGUUUAUAGAGUUCUCGUCAAAAUUCAUCAAUUUCAAAGCAGCAUAUUGUAUGAUAAUGUGUGGUGUCCAUGCCAGUACAGUGAAAUGAUAUGAGCUCUUACAUCAAAACAGGGUACUGUGGAAUAUGCUGACUUACAGCUUCAAGUGUCAUUAUUUAAUUGAGCUUUUUCAUGAAACUAAAUAUUGAUGGGUUCUCCUAUUCAUGUGUGUAAGGUGCAGUGCAACUGCUAAGUAGACCUUGCAAAACCAUACCUAGGUGCAGUGUUUUUAGAAAACAUGAAUCUGUAUAAUUUUUCUGUCUCAUAUUUAUGUUUAUGGAGUGAAAUGUGUAUCUCACAUAAUGGCAGUUAUUCACCAAAUGUAUAAUGAACAAUGUCAUGAACACAGUUGAUUUCUUACAAAACAUGUAUAUUUAUUCAUCUGUAAGAUCCAACAUUACUCACUGAAGGAAAAUGUGUAUGAUUCAUAGACUGUACUGCAAAGACAGAAAGGUGAUUAAAACAUUUGA